GGUUCAGGCGCGGCUCCCUCUCCCCGGUGCCACGCGGGACACGGCUGCCCCCGGCCGUGGCCUUUCUUACGGCCUCGUGGAUGAAGCCAUCGUGUUAGCGACAUCCUGCCUGGCGCGGGCAAGAAGCGGCUGCUUCGUGAGAGGGACCGCAGUGCCCCUGCCUUGGGCGGGCGAGUGGCCUCGGGGCCCAGUCCAGCAGAGAGCGGAUGUGAGGCCGUGCUCCAGGAUGAACGAAUGCCACUAUGAUAAACGUAUGGACUUUUUUUACAACAUGAGCAACACUGAUACAGCAGAUGAGUGGUCAGGAACAAAGCUGGUUAUUGUUUUAUGUUUUGGGACAUUCUUCUGUCUCUUUAUUUUUAUUUCAAAUUCAAUGGUCAUAGCAGCCGUGGUCAGAAACAAAAGGUUUCAUUUCCCCUUCUACUAUCUGCUCGCUAAUUUAGCUGCUGCGGACUUUUUUGCUGGCAUUGCAUAUGUGUUCUUGAUGUUCAACACUGGUCCAGUGUCAAAAACCUUAACUGUUAACCGGUGGUUUUUGCGUCAGGGGCUUCUGGACACCAGCCUGACAGCUUCUCUGGUGAAUUUAUUGGUCAUAGCUGUUGAGCGGUACAUGUCAAUCAUGCGGAUGAGGAUCCACAGUAACCUGACAAAGAAGAGAGUCACCUUUUUAAUCUUUUUAAUCUGGGCCAUUGCUAUUUUUAUGGGUUCUGUGCCUACUUUGGGUUGGAACUGUCUUUGUGAUAUCUCAGCCUGUUCUUCCCUGGCUCCAAUUUAUAGCAGAAGCUACCUGAUAUUCUGGACAGUCUCGAAUUUAGUUGUUUUCUUCAUUAUGGUAGUGGUUUACAUAAGAAUCUAUAUGUACGUCCAGAGGAAAACUAAUGUCUUAUCCCCACACACUAGUGGAUCCAUCAGCCGUAGGAGGACACCAAUGAAGCUUAUGAAGACAGUCAUGGCUGUUUUAGGUGCAUUUGUUGUCUGUUGGACUCCUGGGCUAGUAGUUUUGCUUCUUGAUGGUCUGAACUGCACUCAUUGUGGGGUUCAGCAUGUGAAAAGAUGGUUCCUUCUUUUGGCCUUGCUCAACUCUGUUAUGAACCCAAUAAUUUAUUCUUACAAAGAUGAAGAGAUGUCAACCACAAUGAGAAGGAUGAUCUGCUGCUCUUCUGAUGAUAAAAGUCAGGAUAGAUGCUCUUCAAGGAUUCCUUCAACUGUGCUCACCAGAAGCACAGAUGCCACUGGUCAUUACAUUGAAGAUGGCAUUAUUCAAGGGACCAUCAGUGGCAAAGGAAACUCAUGAGCUACACAAGGAUAUACUUAGCUGGGAGAUGGGCGUGGGGGGAAGAGGAGGAGGGAAAAAGUCUCUUGUAAUGGGAAAUCACUGACCGAUUAAAGUUAUUCAAGAAUAUAUUCGCUCUGUUCCAAAGCAAAACCCUAUCCACAGUGUUAACAAAAGACCUUGUAAAUAAUUACCUGAUGGAAAAAUACAUUGUAUUGAAGAAAAAACUUUCUGUGCCAUAAAAAAGUACAUGAGAUUGUUUUCUCUGUAAGAGGAAUAAACAUAUUGAGACUCUCUCUGCAUGGAAACAAAAUCCUAACAAUAAAAUGGAACCUUCCUUAUUAAACGCAGGCUGGAAGAAUUAUCCUGUGAAACAAUGCAGUUUUGGCACUCUGAAGUUAUACUUUGAACAGUUGCUUAGCUUCUCCAGAGAACACUGUUGGAGUUGAUAGGCAGAAAUGUGACUUUUAUAUGCUCUUUUUGAUUACAAAAUCCAUGUAUUAAUUCAUACAUGUCUUUUCCCUCCACCCCCCACAAUAAAAUUCCUCUGUGUGUGAGAGAGAACCUGUCCUCAUCAUGAGUUGUGAGAACAGGUAGUGGAGAACGGUAACAAAAGUACAGGCCACUGCCAUUUGAGUGCAAGGGAAGUCCCAACUGUUUGGUGGGCCAACCACUGCAAGGAGACAUGAUGAUCACACACAGAUGUAUUCAAAAUGAAAUGGGAGGAAAUAUCUGAAUAUAGAUUUCAGUUUCCAACUUCUAAAGGGGUUUAUUAAACAGAAACAAUGUGAUCAGAGCCCUUCAAAAUACUGAAUGAACUUAACUCUUUCAAAGGUUGUCAUGCAUUGGAAAGAAUAUGAGUAAUUUGCACAGACUGUGUUAAAAUUUAUUCGGACCAGAUUAAGUCAUCUGACUGAGGAGGAGGAUCUUUAGAAGAUCCCUGAGGAAGAGGCCAUGUAAAUGCAGAUAAGGACCUUAAUAACAGAUCCUUAUCAAAUUUAUGACUAAUCAAAUUUAAAUUGUGGAAUAAUUUCUAUGCCUUUUAAAGUUGCUAUAAUACCUUUGGACUGUGUGUUUUAUAAAUCAGAGAUAUAUUUAAAGCUCUAGGCCAACAUUUUCCAAAGUGAUCUCUAAUUAUGGGAUCUGACUUGAAGAAGUUGGACCUGAUUUCAGAAAUAUGUACCCUCUGGCAUCUUUUAAUUUUUAAUGGGAGUUUAAUGUGCUGAGCACUACAGCAAAUCAAGUUCAAACUAUCUUAAGCUUGACAAUCAAAAUCAGAAGUGGUUCUUGUAGACUUUAUUGUUGGCUUUUACAAAAGAAUGCCAACUGUAUAUAAUGCAAUAUUGAAAGAUGUAAUAUUGGUAUAAUGCAAGGGUUGGCAGCCUAUGGCCCAUUGGCCAGAUCUGGCCCAUUCAUUGGCCUGCAGACAUGCAUGCCUUGGGAUGUCAGCAGAUGGGGGAAUCAGUUGUGGUGGCAAAGGGAGCAAUGGCUGGGUCAAAAGCAGCAACCAAUGGCAGGCUGUGUUUUGAUGCCCCAGUCCUGUCUGGUCAGUCAGGUGGUCUGUCUGCCUGUCCCCUUUCCCCUUCCCACCCCGUCAUGCCUCUUUACUGUAUCUGUUGCUUGUCUUACUACCAACUUUGUCCUUGGCACCGGUUGGUGUCUAUAGUAAUUGGCAGCGAGGAUAAGGAAGGUAAUAAGAAAGCAGACCUCAGCACAGAGCAGGAAGGGCUGGGGGAUCAACAAGCAGCUUGAGCAGAGCAGGACAGAGAAGGGGGUCAUUGGCACAGGAGGCAAACCUUACUAGUUGUGCCUCUGGCAGCAGUCUUCCCUCAGAAUGAGCUAUGCUAACUUGGCUCACCACGCCUGAAAGGUCACCAACCCCUAGUGUAUUAUAUUGACUUCAGAAUCAGAACUUGUGGCAGAGGUGAUAUCUUUUAUUAGACCAACUAGAUAUUCCUUUGCCUCCUACAACCUGUGUCCCUGAAAUAUUGACUUGAUCAUAUUCUUCUCUUGGUUCUAUCUGUGCUGUCAGUGGACUAUAUUGAAGAAAGUGAGGCUAGAAUUUGGCUCAGAAGUUACAGUUAAUUUUAUAUAGGAUAUUGAAUUUUUUUGUAAUAGACCCUAAUCCUGCAAAACCUGUUGUGUCUGAGUAGUCCUUACUCACUGUGACUAAGCUGAGGCAGGAGUUGGAAGUGUGGACCCCUGCAUUUCAAGGUAAAUAUUCUGUUUGUAUAUGACUUGCUGACAAGGUUUACACUUGUACUUUUGCCAUUUGGAAUGCAGUGUUUUUGUGCAAAGACUACUUUGGUUUGGUAUGUUUGAAGACUUGUAAAGCAGUGUUUUUAGAGGCAAUGGUAUAAUACACAAGAUACAGAUGUUAACCUUCUUGCUGUGCAUGGUUUGUAUUAACUAGGCUGAAGCUUAUAUACAAAGCUACCAAAAAAUAAAA